GUGAGAGUGUGUGAGAGUGUGUGAGAGUGUGUGAGAGUGUGUGAGAGUGUGUGAGAGUGUGUGAGAGUGUGUGAGAGUGUGUGAGUGUGUGAGAGAGAGAGUGUGUUGCUAAUAUUUGUCCAUGUGUAAAGAUGAGAUUGGUGUAUUAGCAAUAACAUUCACUAAAUCCUAAAUCGGAAUGCCGUUUUAUGUUUGUCAUGGUACUGCAAUUUCCAUUUAAGUAAAAGUCUCUCGUUUGGAUUUUCCUCCAUCCGGAUUUUUCUGAAUGACAGGGAAACUAAAUCAGCAUCAGUGCUGGAUGAAGACAUGGAGGAGGAGCAGGAAAGGUCCGAAGGGGAUGAUCCACAUGUGAAAAUGAAGUGUUUCAGGGAACCUCACAGCCAAAUUGAAAAAAGGCGGCGGGACAAGAUGAAUAACCUGAUCGACGAGCUGUCGGCCAUGAUUCCCACGUGUAACCCCAUGUCCCGCAAGCUCGACAAACUCACUGUGCUUCGCAUGGCUGUGCAACACCUCAAGUCACUCAAAGGCACAACCAGCUCCUUUGCCGAAGCCAACUACAAGCCUUCAUUCCUUCCUGAUGAUGAACUCAAGCACCUUGUUCUCAGGGCUGCAGAUGGAUUCCUGUUUGUGGUUGGAUGUGACCGGGGGAAGAUAGUCUUUGUUUCAGAGUCUGUUUCAAAGAUUCUGAACUACACUCGGCCAGAGCUGAUUGGCCAGAGUUUGUUUGACUAUGUUCAUCCAAAGGACAUAGGAAAAGUAAAGGAGCAGCUCUCAGCCUCCGAGCUCUACCCACGGGAACGCCUUAUAGACGCCAAAACGGGACUCCAGGUGCAAGCUGAUCUCCCUGUAGGAGCCACCCGUCUGUAUUCAGGAGCUCGCCGCUCUUUUUUUUGCCGAAUGAAGUGCAACAAAGUUGCUGUUAAAGAAGAAAAAGACUUCCAGGCCAGCUCAUCAAAAAAGAAAGAAUCACAGCGUUACUGCACGGUGCACUGUACCGGCUAUAUGCGCACUUGGCCCACCAGUCAGCUCGGAGCAGAGGGUGAGGCCGAGGCCGAUAAGGAGAGCUCCCACUUCAGCUGCCUUGUAGCCGUGGGCCGUGUGCACCCUCAUUCCAUCCCCCAGGCCAACGGAGAGGUCAAGGUCAAGCCCACAGAGUUCAUCACUCGCUGUGCCAUGGAUGGCAAAUUCACAUUUGUAGAUCAACGAGCCACCACCGUACUUGGAUAUCUACCACAGGAGCUGCUAGGCACAUCCUGCUAUGAAUACUUUCAUCAAGACGAUUUGCUCCAUUUAGCAGACCGACACCGAAAAGUUUUGAGAAGUAAAGAGAAGAUUGAGACAAACUGCUACAAGUUCAAAACAAAAUAUGGCUCUUUUGUCACCUUGCGAAGUCAGUGGUUUAGUUUUAUAAAUCCCUGGACCAAAGAAGUAGAAUAUAUAGUGUCAACAAACACGGUCAUGUCUGAUAAGAGCAAUUCCAGUGGAUCAGGGGACAAGUCAGAACAGCCAAUAGAUUCCAAAGCUUUGGAAGAGGAUGCAAAGAAAUCCCUCCCCAUCAUCCCGGGCAUCUCGAAUGCUUCGGGCACUAUGAUUUAUGCUGGAAGUAUCGGAACACAAAUAGCUAAUGAGCUACUGGAUUUUAAUAGGAUGAACUCUUCCCCAUCCAGUGGCAAUGCCAGCCCCUUCAGUGUGCUGCAGGACAAAUCUCCUCUGGUUCUCGCCCAAGCCAGCAGCAAUGUGCCAAAUGGGGAAGUGACAGAAUCGCAUGUGCCCAGCAAGUCAGGCUCGGAGGAUGACUCGCAUAGUGGACCCUAUCCUGGAAGUGAAAAUGUCAUGGAGGGACCAUCUCAGUUGGAUCUAGAAGGGGUCCCAGGUCUAGGAAGUUUAAGCAGUGAUGAGGCCGACAUGGCAGUCAUAAUGAGCCUGCUGGAAACUGACGCCAACCUGGGAGAGGGCAUGAACUUUGAUGAGAUGCGCUGGUCUCUCUAACUUCACAGCUCCAAUGUCUUUCCUUGAGUUUUAUGAUGGUUUUUUUUUUUCUUCUUCUUUUUUUUGUAAAGACAUUUUUAUUCCUUGGUGGAUGUUUUGUUUUUUUUUGUUUUUUAAACAAACCUUGUAUCACUGGGCCCAAGAUCAUCCACAUCAUGUCUCCUGACUAUUUUUAAUCUGUUAGCUUGUUUGUUUGUUUUUUUUUUUUUGUUUUUUUUUUUUUUAUAUUGCUGCAUGAGUCCUCCAUUGAUCCCUCAGUGCAGGAGAAAUAUAUCCAGAGAGCAGCAAGAGACACCGACAGUGUCUCUUGGGUCAAACCUGUUUCUGUUGUCCGCUGUGUAUAUCUUCCAGAAGAAUGAAGAGCAGAAGAGUCUGCAUGUAAAGAACCAGCAUACCUUAAGCAAUGACCAGAUUUUUAUUGGUCUUCAGCUGUGAGGACAAUAAUCAGCUGUUUUCCAAUGCUGAGAGAAGCCUGUCUCUGUCAAGCCAUAACACAUGUUCCUAAAUAGUUUGCUUUUAAUUCAUUAAACUUGUUGGUUUUUAGGAAGGGAAAAAAAAGAAACAUUUUACAGAAUACCUACAUUCUUAAAGUAAUGAAACCUGAGAGAUAUUAGUUAUUCUCUUGGCCAGAAGGGAUCUUUUAAACCCAGGCUUGUGGUCAUUUGUCAAACAGUAUGUUCUGAGAGAUCUGAAUCAUACAGAAGCCCUGAAAUGCAAGUUGUAAAAAAAAAUAUUGAAGAGCCAUGUCAAUAUUUAGACACAUCUCAUUAUUUUGACUUAAUGAAUCAUAAUUUUAACAUAUUAACAUCUUGUUUAUGUUUCACAACCCCACCCCAAAAUCUAUCAAUUAAAUUCAUUUAAUGAAUAUCAUACAACAGUUAGUUCUGGUCCGCUAAUUUGGCGAGCGGCAUUCCAAGUCCUGAUGUUUAGUAUAAGCACAACAGUAGAAUAUUUCCACUGUUUGUAUCACUCCGCUUGUCUGAAAUUCCCUGAACUCAACUAAUCAAAUCGGUUGCAUUGACAAUUAUGGAAUUUCUGUCAGAGUCAAAAUAAUAAGAUAUUCGUUUAGAAUCAUGACACGGCAAGUUCACGUUUUAUUUUUUUUCCACAGCUCGUGGUUCAGGGCUUCUGAGGAAUUGGGGCGUGGGGCUUGAACUAUUUUUGGUCUCGAAAUGAUUUAGUUUGUGUUUCAUUUGACCAUGAUUCAUAUCUGCACAGUUCUCAGUGAUGCUUUGAUAUUACAACAUCCUUUUUCAGGAAGUAUUCUCUGAUAAGCUAUACGUCACCAUAAAGCAUUGAAAACAUUGUCCAAUAUUAUCCAGAUGAAUCCAGAAUACUCAGGGAGCAACUGGCUGGGAAGUUAAUUUUUUUUUUUCACCCAUCUUGUGCAAUUUUUCCAUAUUUGCAUGUUUCCACUGGCACACCAGGUUGGUGUAUAGAUUUUCUUUUAUCAGUCAAACAUUUGCUAAUCAUUGCUUUUUGCUGUGAAAAUCACUCCCAGGAAUCUUUUAUUGCAGAGAAAACUCUUCGUAGGAUGAAAGCACAUUAUAAACCUCAAGAUGCACAGUUUCUUCUUGACCCUCCGAGCUUUCCAACAUUGCUCCCUUUUGGACACACUGAAUUUUUAGACACUUUAAUGUGAAUCUUGAGCAGAUUAAGCUAUACCAUAUGUGAGAAGCUGAUUAUUUGAAGUAGCCAAAUUCGUUGGCUGUUAGGCCUGUCAAGUUUGGUUUGAUAGAAACAAUUUAGAAAAAUCUUCUUUUCAGGUAUUGAUGGUGACGUAUUUAAAAAAAAAAAAAAAAAAACAGCUGUUCAGAUUAUAUAUAAUAUAAAUUGUAAGAGUCUAAUGGCCUUAUUUAACCGCAUUUGUUUGGUUCGGUGUACUGACAUACCAAAGUUGUUUAAUCUGACAGGAUACCGCAGUGUUCUUGACUGCGGCGCAUCAUUAAUACACUAAAGCCGUUCCCUGUUACUGUUUUAUCAGUAGUUGUUUUGAACAGAUUGUACAAAAUAUCCUCAUUCAUAUUGAACAUUUAGAUAGGCCACCUAGACUAGUACUUAUUAAGGUAUUGUUCCACUUCCACUGUAAGGUUACAUGGCCACUGUAGGUUCUCCUACUGUAUUGUCCAUUUCCCCCCCCAUGCCUGACUUUUUAAGACACGGACUGAUGAACAUCAAGGAACAACUUGUGAUAUUUAGUGGAAUAUGGAGACUUACUGUGAUGGUCAGUGAGGGUUUGGUUUGGCCAGUUGGGGCCUUAAGCGCAGCUGUUCUCUCGACCCACACGAACAAGCAGUGAGCUGUGACAGAUGUGCCAUACAUGAACGGCAAAAAUGUAUUUGUCUUUUGAGUUGCUGUUUUUUCUUAGUAUCUAUGUACUGUAUGCAUUCACCCCUUAGCAUAGGGUCAUUGUCCUUCAGUGUAAAUAUGUGCUAUAUGCACUGGCACUAAGCAAAACAAAUGAGUACUGUAUUUAGUUUAGAACCACAGCCAUUACACCUUCUACUACUUCAGUCCUAGUUUCAGUUAUAUUGAAAUAGCCUGCAUAGAAAUAUGCUAGAUAUAUGUUGUUGAUCUUCUAGUGUUAUUCAUGCAUGCUGGCCUUUUUGUGUAACUGUUCAUUUUGUUUGUGUGUGUGUGGUGGUGUUUUUUGUUGUUGUUUUGUUUGUUUUUUUAAUGAAUUUUUGUUAGUAUUGGAUAAAGGUAAUUUUUUGCCUUAUGUCAUGGACCAGAAAUUUGUCGUUCUGAUGUUUUCCCUUGCUUAUGUCUUGGAGCGUGGUGAUUAGUUCACUGUUCGACUGGGGACACUCGUAGUUUCUCCAGUUCCUCCUUCCAUGAACUGUUUGUGAGGGGAAUGUGGUUGGACGUGGGAUAUGCAUCACUGUACGAGCCUCCAAAAAAGAAAAGAAGAGGAUUUCAUCAAGACCACAUUCAAAACAUUGUCUUCAUCUUCCUGUGUUUUAUAAGACACGAGUGUUUGAUGCCAUGGCUGCUGCUGUGAACAGGCCUGGUUCAUGACAGAGAAGCUGUCUCUAUCUAGGCUAUCCUGUACAAAAUGACUCUUAAAUAAAUAUUAGGUUCAUUUACAUUUGAA